CGGGGUGAUCGCCGAGCUCCAGAGCCGGAGCCUGGGCUGACACAGAGAGUCAGGAUUUCGUCGCCGGUGGCUGGGCGGUCAUGAAAUGAACUCACAGGAAGCUUUCCAGGCACAGAGGAGCCAGCUGGUGGGGCUGCUCGUGUCAGGGUCCCUGGAGGGCUUUGAAAGGAUCCUGGACUGGCUACUCUGCUGGGAGGUGCUCUCCUGGGAAGAGUACGAGGGCCUCUGCCUCCCGGGCCAGCCUCUUUCCCAUGUGGCCAGGCGCCUGCUGGACACGGUCUGGAACAAGGGCAGCUGGGGCUGUCAGAAGCUCUUUGAGGCUGUCCAGGAGGCCCAGGCUGACAGCCAGCCCCCUGAGCUGCACAACAGCUGGGACCCCCACUCAGGCCACCCUGCCCAAGACCUGCUGAAUCACCGACCAGCCAUUGUCAGGAAGCUCUACGGCCACGUGGAGGAUGUGCUGGCUGUGGCCAGGGAGCGGGGUUUCAUUAGUCAGUAUGAAUGUGAUGAAAUCAGGUUGCCCAUCUUCACAGCAUCGCAGAGGGCCAGAAGGUUGCUAGAUCUUGCCACAGUGAAAGCAAAUGGAUUGGCUGCCUUCCUUCUACAGCACAUUCAAGAAUCACCAGCCCUGUUGUCCCUGCCUUUUGAGGCUGCUGAAUGCCAAAAGUACAUAUCCAAGUUGAGGACCACGGUAUCUGCUCAGUCUCGCUCCCUCAGUACCUAUGAUGGGGUGGAGAAUCUCUGCCUGGAGGACAUUUACACGGAGAACAUCCUGGAGCUUCGGACAGAGGUGGGCAUGGUUGGAGCCUGGAAGAAGAGCCCUGCUAACCUGGGCCUGGAGGAGCUUUUCAGCACCCAAGGCCACCUCAACGAAGAUGCAGACACUGUGCUGCUGGUGGGCGAGGCAGGCAGCGGCAAGAGUACACUCCUGCAGCGGUUGCACUUGCUGUGGGCUACUGGGCAGGACUUCCAGGAAUUCCUCUUUGUCUUCCCAUUCAGCUGCCGGCAGCUGCAGUGUGUGGCCAAACCACUGUCUGUAAGGACGCUGCUCUUUGAGUACUGCUGUUGGCCUGAUGCUGGUCAACAGGAUGUCUUCCAAUUCCUCCUUGACCACCCUGACCGUGUUCUACUGACAUUUGAUGGCUUUGAUGAGUUCAGGUUCAAGUUCACAGACCAAGAGCGUCACUGUUCUCCAACUGACCCUACAUCGGUCCAGACUCUGCUUUUCAACCUUCUUCAGGGCAACUUGCUGAAGAAUGCCCGCAAGGUGUUAACCAGCCGUCCAGAUGCAGUGUCAGCAUGCCUCAGGAAGUAUGUGCGCACAGAGUGUCACCUCCGGGGCUUCUCAGAGGAGGGCAUCGAGCUGUACCUGAGGAAGUGCCAUCAGGACCCCGGCGUAGCAGACCGCCUCAUCCAGCUGCUCCGAGCGACCUCUGUCCUGCAUGGUUUGUGCCACCUUCCUGUCUUCUCCUGGAUGGUGUCCAAAUGCCACCAGGAACUGUUGCUACAGAAUGAGGGGUCCCCCAAAACCACCACGGAUAUGUAUCUCCUGAUUCUACAGCAUUUUCUGCUGCAUGCCUCCCCUCCAGAUGCCAUCUCCCAUGGCCUGGGACCCGGCCUCCUUCAGGGCAAGCUGCCCUCACUCUUGCACCUCGGCUACCUGGCCUUCUGGGGCUUGGGCAGGUGCUGCUAUGUGUUCUCAGCCCAGCAGCUCCAGAUGGCACAGCUUGACCCUGAGGACAUUUCUCUUGGCUUUCUGGUGCGUGCCCAAGGUGUGGUGCCAGGGAGUAUGGCACCCCUGGAAUUCCUGCACAUUACUUUCCAGUGCUUUUUUGCUGCAUUCUACCUUGUGCUCUGUGCCGAUGUGCCAACAGCCUCACUCAGACACCUCUUCAAGUGUCACAGGCCAGGGAUCUCCCAGCUGACCAGGCUGCUACCCGCACUGUGUGUCCAGAGCCCCAGGACCAAAGAGGGCAGUGCGGCGGCUUUGCUACAGAAGGCUGAGCCACACAACCUUCAGAUCACUGCAGCCUUCCUGGCGGGGCUGUUGUCCCGGGAGCACCUGGACCUGCUAGCUGAGUGCCAGGUGCCUGAGAAAGCCUUGCUCCGGCGCCAGGCCUGUGCCCGCUGGUGUCUGGCCCGCAGCCUCCGCAAGCACUUCCAUUGCAUCCCACCAGCCGUGCCAGGUGAGGCGAAGAGCAUGCAUGCUAUGCCCGGCUUCAUCUGGCUCAUCCGGAGCCUGUAUGAAAUGCAGGAGGAGCGGCUGGCGAGGGAGGCCGUGAGGGGGCUGGAUGUCGAACACCUCAAAUUGACGUUUUGCAGUGUGGGCCCCACUGAGUGUGCUGCCCUGGCUUUUGUGCUGCGGCACCUCCAGCAGCCUCUGGCCUUGCAACUGGACUACAACUCUGUGGGUGACAUUGGCGUGGAGCAACUGCUGCCCUGCCUUGGUGUCUGCAAGGCUCUUUAUUUGCGUGAUAACAAUAUCUCAGACCGAGGUAUCUGCAAGCUCAUUGAAUAUGCUCUGCACUAUGGGCAGCUGCAGAAGCUGGCUUUGUUCAACAACAGAUUGACUGAUGGCUGUGCACACUCCAUGGCCAAGCUCCUUGAGUGCAAGCAGAACUUCUUGGCGUUGAGGCUUGGGAACAAUCACAUCACUGCCGCAGGUGCACAGGUGCUAGCCCAGGGCCUCCGAAGCAAUGCUUCCCUUCAGUUUUUGGGGUUCUGGGGCAACACUGUGGGUGACAAGGGUGCGCAGGCCCUGGCCGAAGCCUUGGUUGAUCACCACAGCUUGAGGUGGCUUAGCCUAGUGGGGAACAACAUUGGCAGUGUGGGUGCCCAAGCCUUAGCACAGAUGUUGGAAAAGAACAUGGCACUAGAAGAACUCUGCCUGGAGGAGAACCACCUCUGCGAUGAAGGUGUGUGUUCUCUCGCGGAAGGACUGAAGAGAAAUUCAAGUUUGAAAGUGCUGAAGCUGUCCAACAACAGUGUCACCUACCGGGGUGCAGAAGCCCUCCUGCAGGCCCUUGAAAGCAACAACACCAUCCUGGAAGUUUGGUGACUGGUCCAGCCUGAUGAGUGAAGCAUACAGCAAUCCUUGAAAUACCCUGGAAAUGGCUGUCCAUGCAGAAAAUCAUAGACUUAGGCCCUGGGGAGUCGAGACAGAGGAACAGCAAGGUCAUCUAGAACCUGGAGACCCACCUGAGCAAUUUCUCCUUGGAGAGUAACAUUCACAGAGAUUGUGGCUGUGCACACCUGAAAUUCCAGCUGCCUGGCUUGUGCUUUCCCAAGAUACCCUCCUCUGAUUUUUCUUUAAAUUUAGUGCCAGCCUAUCACCACUUCAUGAACAGUUAACAUCAGUCCAGUCCUCAUCACUCACCCUUCUCAUCUGCUCUGCUCCCACCUCCAGGAAACAAGGGGCCCCUUUAGGACCCAUCCUUGCCUGGAUCACUGCAGUGUCUCUUGACCUGCCUCCCUACCCUGGACCUGCAGAGUGAGCCUAUUGAAGCACAAGUCAGAUAAGCCACUCUUCUGAUCUAAACCCUCCAGGGCUUCCUGUUCAGUGCAAAGUAAAAGCCAAGGUUUUGUGCUGGCUUGAACUAUCUUGUGUCCUCUCUGGUCUCACUUUUGCAACCGACACCUGCAUGCUCUGUGCUCCAGCCACACCACACCAGCUGCUUUGCUACUCCUUGAGGGUCCCAAGCACUUUGCUGCUCCUGGACCUUUGCAUUUGCUUUAUGUAUUUUACAGCCAUAUCUCUAGCCAGUGGCAUGGCUUGCUUCUUCCUUUCCUUCAGGUAUUUGAUCAGAUGUCAAAUAUUGAGCAAAUCCUUCCUGAACAAUCUAUCCAUCCACUAUUUUCUCCCCUAAUCUGCUUAAUAGUGUCUUCUUGAUGUGCAUGACAUGAUCUACAUUUCUUUCUUCCUUUCUUCUAUACUUUGGAUCUGGAGUAUCCCCCAAGGCCCAUAUAUUGAAUCUUGGUUGCCAGCCCAUUGUGCUAUUAGGAGGUGGUGGAACCUUUAGAUGGUGAAAACAAGUUAGGUCAUUAGGAAUGUGUCUUGAAGGGGAUAUGCCCCCUCCCCUUCCUGGCUGCCAUGAGGAAAGCAACUUCCUCUUGUAUGUGUUCCAACCAUGAUAUACUGUACUACAGCAGGCCAGAGCAACAGGGCCAAGUGACCAUGGACUGCAAACCCUGAAACCAUGAGCCAGAAGAAACCCAUCCUUCUUAUAAGUUGCUUUUCUCAGAUAUUUCGUUGUACAACUUAAAGCUAACUCACUUGCCCUGGAAUACUGGCUCAGACACUGCAAAUUCCUCAGAGUCUAAAAGGAUGCUUGGCACCAUAACAGGUGCUCAAUAAAUAUUUGUUAACUGAGAAUCCAGUCUUCCUAAAGGGAGCAGAGAAUUGAGGUUGGGGCAGAUCAUAAUAAUGAAUCACCUUUCCUUUAACACUUAGUAUCUCUUUCUUUAAGGAAAAAAGUUUUGCCAGAUAUGAUACUGUUCCUAGUGCAUAAGCUGCCCAAAAUGAGAUUCCAAAUGUAGCAUAAAGGUCUCAAUGAUGAGUGUUAAGCCCUUUUUCUCUGUGAGUUUUCAAAAUCAUACAAAGAAACUGUCACUAAUAACAGCAUAUAGCUCAAACAGAAGAGCAUGGGUUUAUAGUUCAGCUGGAUUAGUUUA